UGUUGCGAAAUGUGCUUAUGUUACAGAUACAAUUUCAAGUGAGGGAGGAACCAAUAGAGUGGUGGUAGCCACAUGGAGUUUAUGUAACGACUUUUUUCAGCAGCCUCAAAUAAUGUAUUCCUGUGACUAUGUCGACUAAAACGUUGCAAAGUUGCAUUUUUAUACAUAAUUAUAGUGUAGGGGGGGCUGAGAGCAUAAUCCAAUAAAGGGAGAACGUUUUCGCUGCUGCUUUGCCGACCCAAACAAUUCUUGGAAGACCCAAAUAUAGUUGGUUUGACAGUUACGUAAUCUGCGCAGCACACGUGAACAGUCUGUAACAACAACAGAGCGAACUUAAGGUUCAGUUACAGGCUGUGCUUAGGGUCCGCCUGUGAGUGAAAAACUUUGAAACAUUUUAACAGUAGGCUACUAAGCUUCUUGUAGUUCAAGUAUGAGUGAGUAGUCUAGUAGUGUGAGUGAGUAGCCUAGAAGUUUCAUUCGCUACUGUGUCAACAUUCGGUGGAAGUAGAAGGCGUGGGGUGGAAUGUGACAGUCGAUACAAAGUAACCAACACUGUUGAGGGAGCGAGAAUUCCGGAGAACACCAAACAAAACAAUGGCAUAUCCAUCACUCUUGGGUCAUACUUGGGAGGCUUGGAACUGGGAUGCCGCCGCCAAAUCUAAUGCCGUGGAGCUGUCAUCAUGCCAGCAAGCGGUUUAUUUUCAUACCAACACGUUAUUGGAGAGUGAGGGAUCCGCAGGUGUGCGUGGCACCAAGGGUUUCUGGUAUGGAGAACAUUAUUGGGAGGUAGAGUUCACUGAACCCCUGUAUGGCUGCUCUGUAAUGGUGGGCUUGGGGACAAAGGAGGCCCUACUGCAUUCUGACCAAAUACAGUCCACCAACCUUCUGGGCAUGGAUGGGGAGAGUUGGGGUCUGUCCUACAAGGGCUCCCUGUGGCACAACGGCCAAAGCAGGAAGUACACGGAGGCCUUCUACGAUAAGAGCACGGUCAUUGGUGUCCUGCUAGACCUCAACUCAGGAGCGCUCAGCUUCUACCUCAAUGGAGUGAGCCUCGGCCUGGCCUUCUCUGGUCUACAUAAGGUGAGCAGACCUCUGUACCCUCUCGUCAGCUCCUCGGCUCCAGAGACAGAGCUUCUGCUGGGCCUACGCACCUGCCGUCUGAUGUCUCUUCAGGACUCCUGCCUCCAUGUCAUCUCUCAAAGCCUCAGCUCUCAGGCCAGCCCCCACUCCUUACCCUUACCCAGGGUCAUCUGUGAGCAGCUAUCGAGCGCUUAACACAGACCUUAUAGUACUUACCCUUACCUAGGGUCAUCUGUGACCAGCUAUCAAGAACUUAACACAGUACUCACUCCCUAGUCCCUAUACUUACCCAGGGUCAUCGGUGAGCAGCUACCAAGCACCUAAGACAGUUCUCACUUCCUGUCUCAAUCCUAGCCCUACCUCAUAACCAGACAUAUACUGUACAGUACAGUAUGUGAGCAGCUACAAAACACCAAAUCAGCAGUAUAUCGUUGUUGUCAGCGUUAUAGUCAAGCAAGAUCUACCAUUUCCACCCUUCACUCCUUACACCUAGACAGAUUGCCUACACACAAUUACCAGAGCACUCAUACACACCUACUGAUAUGUAUCUGUGCAGUUUUUAUGGACAUACAGUUUUGUAUAAAAAUAUUAGCCAGGCCACGCUCUCCUAGUGGCGCAACACCUUCGGCGUUGCAACUAGUCAGGUCAAGAGCAAUGCAAGUACUUUCUGAGUUCCCGAAAAUACGGGAACUCCUUUCACUUUGUCAGGAAGCAAACAACCAUAAGCAAACCAAGGGAGGUGGGUCAACCAUACCGUUUCGGAAAUGUUAAUUGUUAUGCUCUUGAUCAGACCAAGUCUCGAAGAGAUUUGAACGUCGAUGAUAAUCAGGCUAUAAAAAUAUAUGGCCCGUGAGCCGGCCAAUGUAUCACAAGAACUACAGCCCUGAUUAUUACCAGAAACACAACACCCCAUUAAAACGCUAUUUGGCCAAGUGACAAGAGUGAAUGAUAAUAGCCAUUACAGUAAUAGCAAUGAUUAUUAUCAUAUUCAUGCCAAAGAUGACAUCUGUGUGGGAGGUAUGGGGAUACGAUUUUUUUAACGCUGAAUGUUUGAAAUUAAAUUGUUAUACUCUUGUUAAACAGUUGUAAAUAUGUAAUAAAUUAAUAUUUUUUGCAGCAAAUACAUGACAUGUUUGUGCUCCAUCCAUAUUCCACAACCCACAGUUAUGCACAUGUUUUU